AUGUCCAACUCUUCACACAAGGAAACUGAGGAGAACGCGACCAAGGCAGCGCCGCGCCGCCGCCGUCUUGGAUGGCUUUUGGCGUUGGUCGCUGUUGUCGUUGUCCUUGCCAUCGCACUCGGUGUUGGCCUCGGCGUGGGCCUCAAGCACAAGCAUAACUCAAGCGACAGCAAAGCUACCGCCAAUGGCACCACAAAUGGCACUUCCACAGCUGACCUUGCCGUCAUCUCGCGUGCCGAUCUUCUUGGCGACCAGUCACGGUACUUGCUCUCGAACCGCAACUUUGAGAUCACCAAUGCCACCACCCAGGUGCGCGAGUACAACUGGACCAUCUCCGAGGUCCUCUCCACCCCUGGUGCCAUGCAAAAGCCCAUGCUGGUCAUCAAUGGCCAGUCGCCUGGCCCUAUCGUCGAGGCCAACCUCGGUGACCAGAUUGUCGUUCACGUCUACAACAACAUGACAAACCAGACAUCUAUGCACUGGCACGGCAUGCACCUGAAGGGCCAGAACUGGAUGGACGGCACCUACUCGAUCACGCAGUGCGGUAUUCCACCCGGCGGCAUGAUGACGUACAACUGGACAGUGCAGAACACUGGCACAACAUGGUACCAUGCCCACAUGGGUGUGCAGUACACCAACGGCGCGUACGGUGCUUUGAUUCUUCACGACGCCAACGAGACGGCCAUGCUGUCUCACCCCUACUCGGACGACGUCACCCUCCUGCUCAACGACAUGUACAACACCCAGGCGGAGGCCCUGCUGUGGCGCAUGCAGGCGAUUGGUACCGGCAUCGACGGGCAGCCUGGUGACGAGCCGGCCCCCGACGGUGCCAUGAUCAAUGGGGUGUCCCAGGCCAGGUGCGCUUACCUUCCUGCAUCAAACCUCGUGAUUCCCGAACGCAAGCGUUCGCUCGUUGACAGGUCGGACACUACGGGAACCUACUACCCCGAGACCAACUACUGUGGCAACGAGACCACAGAGUACUACAACCUCACCCUUGUCGGCAACUCGACGUACCGCCUCCGCCUCAUCAACUCUGGUACCCUUGCCAACACGAUCUUUAGCAUUGACAACCACAACCUCACCAUCAUCGAGGUUGACGGUACAUCGGUCGAGCCUGUCACGACCGGCAGCGUCAACCUUGCGGUGGCCCAGCGCGCUUCCGUACUUGUCACGCUGGACCAGGAGCCGGGAGCGUACUGGAUCCGCAACGUCCUCGGCGAUGACCAGAUCAUCUACACCCCUACAGACCUGAACCUUACGACACUCGGUGUGCUCCGCUACUCUGGCAUCAACGAGAGCGUUCUGCCCGCCGACGUCCCCGCCGACGACAACAUGACUGAGACCGACCCAUUCUACCGCUUCGUGCCCGCGGACGCGAUGGACGCGCCGGCCCCCACUGUCCAGCAGACGGUCCAGUUCAACUCGCAGUACGUUGCCGACAAUGCGCGGUGGAUGUUCUUCAACUCGUCGUCGUGGCAGCCCCUGUCGUCUGGCGAGGCGUCCAUCUUCCUCGUGGACGACUAUGCGUCCAACGUGACGGCGCUCGAGUCCAACACCAUUGGCAGCCAGCUGAACAUUGUCAACACGAACGCGUCGGGUGUCAUGGACCUGGUGAUCAACAAUCUCGACGACGGAAACCACCCCUUCCAUCUUCACGGCUACACGUUUUGGGUCAUGGCGCAGGGCGAUGGCCAUUUCUACGGCGACACAAGCAGCCUCAACGUCACCAACCCCAUGCGCCGUGACACCACGACCAUCUCGGAGCGCGGGUACCUCAUCAUUCGCUUCCUGACCGACAACCCCGGUGUGUGGGCGUUCCACUGCCACAUUGGCUGGCACAUGGAGAACGGUCUGCUCAUGACCAUCACAAACCUCCCCGAGCAGGUGGCGGCCUUUGACGUGCCGUCGGCUAUCAAGGACCUGUGUACCGUCGACUCGAAGAAGCGUCGCUGA